AUGUGUAUGGUUAUUUUUGCUCCGAUUUUGGCCAUUUGUGCGUUUGUGACCUGUGGAGGAUACUAUGGCCAACUCCAGGUUAAAGUGGACUGCACAGCUAGGAGGCAGAACAAUGUCAGCAUCGACAUUGAUUUUAGUUAUCCCUUCAGAUUGCAACAAGUGCACUUCAGAGCUCCCUUGUGUGAUGUGGAGAGAGAGGAGGUCCUUUUCCUUGAUGGGGACUUCUCUUCAGCUGCUCAGUUUUUUGUGACUGUGGGUGUCUUUGCAUUUCUUUACUCACUCUUGGCAACAAUCGUCUAUGUCUUCUACCAGAACAAGUAUCUAAAGAACAACAGAGGCCCACUUGUGGAUUUUGCUGUCACUGUCAUCUUUUCCCUCAUGUGGCUGGUCAGCAGUUGUUGCUGGGCAAAAAGUCUCACCGAUCUUAAAAGUGCCACAAACCCUACCGAGGUCCUUCUUCUCAUCUCUGCCUGUAGAGCUCAGGAAAACAGAUGUACAGCUAUGCAGGAGCCUCACUGGUCACGACUUAAUACAUCUACUGUUUUGGGGUUUGUAAAUGUUGUCCUCUGGUCUGGGAAUAUCUGGUUUGUCUUCAAAGAGACGGGCUGGUACAAGACUGGUCAGAGGUACCCGACCAGAAGCGCUUCAGGGAAACGUUCGAGUGAAAUGCGAGAGCGACUCUACAGUGAAAGCAGCUUUGACCAGCCUGAUGACAGUUUUGGUCUCUACAGACAAGAUAGUUUUAUUUUGUCCAAGGGGGACUUUAAUAAGCAGGUCGAGAGACAAGCUAGCAUUAACCAGUCACAAGUAAGCUUCAGCUUACCGGAGACAUAUCUUGGCAAAAACGUAACUUUUGAAAGAGAGAACAGCAUCGCCUCUCAAGGGCCCAUGAUUUUUAUUAAUGAGAUGUGA